ACUCUGGCAUCAGCUGACUCUGCAAGUUUUGGACUUUGUUCAGGACCCUUGCUUUGCCCAAGGAGAUGGACUCAUCAAGCUUUACGAGAACUUCAUCAGUGAGUUUGAACACAGGGUGAACCCCUUGUCCCUGGUAGAGAUCAUUCUUCAUGUAGUCAGACAGAUGACAGAUCCCAAUGUGGCCCUUACUUUUCUGGAAAAGACUCGAGAAAAGGUAAAAAGCAGUGAUGAAGCUGUCAUUUUGUGUAAAACAGCCAUUGGGGCGCUGAAGCUGAACAUUGGAGACCUGCAGGUCACCAAGGAGACCAUUGAGGAUGUUGAGGAGAUGCUGAACAAUCUCCCUGGGGUGACUUCAGUUCACAGCCGCUUCUAUGAUCUCUCCAGCAAGUACUACCAGACCAUUGGGAACCAUGCCUCUUACUAUAAGGAUGCUCUGCGGUUUUUGGGAUGCAUUGAUGUUAAAGAUCUGCCGGUGUCGGAGCAGCAAGAGAGAGCCUUUACCCUGGGACUGGCAGGGCUCUUGGGAGAAGGUGUUUAUAAUUUUGGGGAGCUGCUCAUGCACCCAGUUCUGGAGUCCCUGAGAAACACUGAUCGGCAGUGGCUGAUUGACACGCUUUAUGCCUUCAACAGCGGUAACGUAGAGACGUUUCAGGCUUUGAAGUCGGCAUGGGGUCAGCAGCCAGAUCUGGCUGCAAAUGAAGCACUUCUGCUGCAAAAGAUUCAACUGUUAUGUCUUAUGGAGAUGACUUUCACCCGACCGGCCAAUCACAGACAGCUCACUUUUGAAGAGAUUGCUAAGAGUGCCAAAGUCACUGUGAAUGAG